AUGAGGGAUUAUUUCACAGGAUUUGCUGGUAUCACAAGUGAGCAAGAUUUAAAAAUUUUGACUGGAAUAAAAUUCGACGUCUUUAAUCAUCUGUUAAAGUUUAUAAUACCUGGAAAGGAUGGGCAACCACAGUUCUUUAGAACACUAUCUACAGAAGAUCGUUUGUUAUUAUUUCUGAUGAAAUUAAAACUAGGAAUAAGCUUUUCUGCAAUCGGAUUACUUUUUGGAGUGAGCAGACAAACAGUUUCAAAUAUAUUUUUUAGCGUACUGGAGACUGUCUAUAAAAAUGUAAAAAAAUGGAUAUUUUGGCCAUCUAAGGAAGCUGUAAAACAGACUAUGCCAGAUACCUUUGUCAACUAUCCCGAUUGCAGAGUGAUAAUUGAUUGCACUGAAGUUUAUACUGAUACACCUUCAAGGGUCGACGAAAGAAUACACAUGUUUUCUCAAUAUAAAGAUGGUUAUACAGCAAAAUUUUUGUUGGGCAUAAGUCCAUCUGGGAUGAUAACCUUCUUAUCACGAUCGUACGCUGGACGUUCCACUGACUCAUUCAUAGUUAACGAUUCUGGUUUUCUAAAUUACAUUGAGCCAGGUGAUCAAAUUUUAGCAGAUAAAGGUUUUCCGCAGAUAAAAGCAGAGGCUCUACAACGUAAUUGCAUAGUAGUAAUUCCACUCUUUGCAUUUAAUCCUCAAUUCACUAAAGAAGAAGUGUUAGAACAAUAUUCAAUCGCCUCAGUAAGAAUACACAUUGAGAGGGCGAUACAGCGAGUAAAAAUUUUCAAGAUACUGCAACAUCUCAACACUGAAUUGUUUGAAACAAUAGAUGAGAUCAUGUACGUUAUUUGUGCACUGGCUAAUCAUAAAGAGCCAUUAAUUAAAAAAAAUGAAUAA